AACUGGAGCGGCUCUCCUGCUGCACCAUGGGGAGCAUGGACUACGACAAUGACAAGAAGCCCAGAGAGCAGACGAGGAAGUCGAGGACCAUGCUCCUGCUCCUCGUCCUCACCAACGCGGCCUCCAUCCUCAUCUUCUCCGGGGCCGGCACGGCGCUCCACGCGCACGUCAGGCGGCACUACCCGGCCGUAGUCCACGCCUGGCCCUCGGCGAAGCUGCUCCGCGAGCUCAACGUGACCGGGCUGGCGAUGGCCGCCAGCCACGCCGAGGUGGUGGACCUGUCGGGCCGCCUCACCGCGGCCAACAAGGUCCUGGAGGCCAUCCUCGGCGGCAAGGCCGCCAAGCACGACAUGGAGGCGGCGCGGGAGGAGCAGCGGGAGGCGGCGGCCGGCGGGCUGUGGCAGCAGCGGGACCAGCACCUCGGCGACGAGCUGAAGCUGGCGGUCGGACCGCACAAGCUCCCGCACAGGCGCCUGAUGAUCGGAGGCGCCGGCGGGGGCGGGGGCGGCGACGAGGUGAUGUUCCCGGCGCUGGGGCAGGCGUGCCACCGGUACCGUGACGAGCUGGAGCGGUACAUGAACUACACGGUCGGCGGGGAGUGCCCCUCCGACGAGGCGUCGGCGCAGCGGCUGAUGCUCAAAGGGUGCGAGCCGUUGCCGCGGCGGCGGUGCCGGCCGCGCACCCCGGCAGGGUACGUGGAGCCGACGCCGCUGCCGGCGAGCCUGUGGGCGAUCCCGCCGGACACCAGCAUCGUGUGGGACGCGUACACGUGCAAGACCUACGGCUGCCUCGUGAACCGCGGCAAGGCCAAGGGCAGCUACGACUGCAAGGACUGCUUCGACCUCCGCGGCCGGGAGAAGCACCGCUGGGUGCGCCGCCGCAAGGGCGAGAAGGACGACGACGCCGACGACGAGCGGAACUCGCUCGACUACACCAUCGACGGCGUGCUGGGUUUGCUGCCGAGAGGCAGCGUGCGGAUCGGGGUGGACAUCGGCGGCGGGUCCGGGACGUUCGCGGCGCGGAUGCGGGAGCGCGGCGUCACCGUGGUGACCACGUCCAUGAACUUCGACGGGCCGUUCAACAGCUUCAUCGCGUCGCGCGGGCUGGUGCCGAUGCACCUCAGCGUGGCGAGCCGGCUGCCCUUCUCCGACGGCACGCUGGACCUGGUGCACUCCAUGCACGUGCUCAGCAGCUGGAUCCCCGACGCCAUGCUCGAGUCGGCGCUCUUCGACGUCUACCGGGUGCUGCGCCCCGGCGGCGUGUUCUGGCUGGACCACUUCUUCUGCCUCGGCACGCAGCUCGACGCCACGUACCUGCCCAUGUUCGACCGGAUCGGGUUCAACAAGCUCCGGUGGAACGCCGGCAGGAAGCUCGACAGGGGAAUCCAAAUGGACGAGUGGUACAUCUCUGCGCUGCUCCAGAAGCCCAGGAGGUGAAGGUGACUGACUACGGAUGCAUACUUGAUCUCGAUCAGUCUAUCCAUGGCAGAAUGAUCACCCCACCGUACUUGACCUGAUCAAUCAAUCAUACAACUAUCAGUGACCACUGACCAAAAUACCCCGAAAUUUCUCUGUUUUCAUACACUUCUAGACCUUCAAGAUUGAACAUUUAAAGCUGGCCUACUAUUGCUUACCCUUCAGAGCAAGAAGGAUCCAAGAAAUCUAUCACUUCCUUCAUCAGAGCAUAAAGGGCAAUCUUCUUAAUCUAAGGGCACCAGAUUUGUCUCCUGGUUAGUCAUCAAAUCAAAUAACCAGUUCAUUCAAAACAUGUCAUGCCAACCUACAGUUUAUCCAUUUUCGCCUCAUGAUGAGAUGGAAGUCGCCGAAACUCUCCAGUUAGUUACUCAGUUUAAUACACUCGCCAACAUUUUCAGGGGAAACAAAACCCAUUGCGACCUGCAUGCAUGACUGCACAAUGGAAAUGGUUUCAACUUGUAGCUAUAUUAAAAAUAAACAUUAGAGCAGUCUACGUUGUGUCAGUACUCAGUAUGUCACACCUUCAAAUUCUUGACUUAGUGAGGACA